AGAGAGGAGAGAGAGAGAGCGCUAUUUAAGAGAGAGAGAGAGAGAGAGAGAAGAGAGAGAGAGGAGGAGAGAGAGAGAGCUCUUUAAAGCUAAAGCUCCUCACACCCGCUACAUUCCACAAGCGCGCGCGCGCACUCUCUCUCCUCUCUCUACUUUCUCUCUCAUCGGCGGAGGCGCCGGUGAUGGACGGAGUAGCCCCCUCCGGCGGCGGAGGCGGCGGCUCCGGUGGAGGAGGCAGAAGCUUCCUCGCGGAGAGAACGGGGGUGCUCGGACUCAGGAUCUACGUGCUCUUCGCCAUCGCCGUCGCCGCCGUCGUCGUAGCCGCAGCCGCCGCGGCGGCGGUCGUCUGGUUUCUCCGCUCCGGCGAUCGCCGCCUGGGGAAGAAGCACCCCUCCCGCUUGAUCCCGAUGUCGUCGAAGGAGGUCCCCGCCGCCGAUCCCGCGGCCCGCUGCGGAGAGGGGCCGGGGGAGGGGGGGGAGGAGGAGAAGGGGAGGGGGGCGGAGAAAGGGGCUCCGAAGGGGUCGACGGGGUCGGGAUCGUCGUCGUCGUCGUCGUCGUCUUCCUCGUCCUCAUCCUCCUCGGGGGGGAAGAGGGGGAACAUAGGGUGGGGGAGGUGGUACACCAUGGCGGAGCUCGCCGCGGCGACGGGGGGGUUCGGCGCCGGGAACGUGAUCGGAGAGGGAGGGUACGGGAUCGUCUACCGAGGCGUCCUCGCCGACCACUCCGUCGUCGCCGUUAAGUACCUUCUAGAUAACAAGGGUCAGGCAGAGAAGGAGUUCAAGGUGGAGGUUGAAGUAAUAGGGAAAGUGAGGCACAAGAACCUAGUGGGGCUAAUUGGGUACUGCGCCGAAGGGACUAAGAGGAUGCUCGUAUACGAGUACAUUGAUAAUGGGAAUCUGGAGCAGUGGUUGCGCGGAGAAAUCGGCCGUGCGAAUCCACUGACAUGGGAUGCGAGAAUGAAAAUUGCUAUCGGAACAGCAAAAGGAAUAGCAUAUUUGCAUGAAGGGUUAGAACCCAAAGUUGUGCAUCGCGAUAUUAAGUCCAGUAACAUCCUUCUGGAUAAACAUUGGAACCCUAAAGUAUCAGACUUUGGAUUAGCAAAGCUUUUGGGGUCCGGCUCAAGCUACGUAACCACACGUGUGAUGGGCACAUUUGGGUAUGUAGCUCCCGAGUAUGCGUGCACUGGAAUGCUCAAUGAAGGAAGCGAUAUUUACAGUUUUGGGGUACUUCUAAUGGAAAUAAUAUCAGGUAGAAGCCCAGUGGAUUACAAAAGGCCAUCAGGAGAAGUAAACUUGGUGGAAUGGUUUAAAGGAAUGGUUGGGAGUAGGCGUGUUGAAGAAGUGGUGGAUCCAUUAAUGAAAGUCCCGCCCUCUCCGAGAGCAUUGAACAGAGUGGUGUUGGUUUGUCUUCGAUGUAUAGAUUCGGAUGCGCAGAAGCGGCCAAAGAUGGGGCAAAUUGUUCACAUGCUCGAAGGAGAUGAGUUUCCCUUCCGCAUGGAACACCGAACGCCGCGAGAAUCAAAUCGAGCCACACUUCUAUCUGAGAAAAUCGGGAUCGCUAAUUCGGAGAGGUCACUAUGGAGAUGAACGCAUGCAGGAAAGGUAAACUACUUUUUGUAUUCCUUGUAAAUUAAUUGAUGUUUAAUCUGCAGAAUGUUUUUCAUAUUCUUUUUUUUUUUUUUUAUUCUAGUUUCCAUUUUCUUUUGAAUUGCUUUAUCUAGAAUUGUUCCCAAACUAAUCUUUUAUGUAUUAAAUUGUGGCCAUUGUAGAGACACUAAGCUGUGGUAGCAAAUUUGUAUUCACUUCUUUUGGAUUAAUUUUUUAUGUUGCUUGUGUAAUACAUGGUUUAAUUUCCAUAA